UAUCCGAACCUUGUGGUAGAUCUAGUUCAGUGCAGCUGAGUGUCGCUGUUAUGUCAACCAUGACUCAGUGUCAGAUAGCUAACACAAGUAAACCGUGGGAGAAAUAUUAAGUAGCUGACAAAGUGCUUAUUGGGUGCGUUGUGCAGAAGUGUGUAUGGGUGUUUUGUGUUGGAUUUUCCAUCCGAAUAUUGUGAAUAUUCAUAAACUGUGUGUUCAUCUUUCUGGAUAUCCUGUUCUUCUUAAUUUCGCUAUAUAUCUAAAGUUGGUGUUUUAUAUAAAGUUGUACGAGCAAUGAAAUCACGACAUUAUGGAGAGACACUUGAUGUUGAUAUAGGUUUAAGUUGAUUUGUCCAGACAAUAUGGGAGACAUUUGACAGUUAUAUACGUUUAAGUUGAUACGUUUGAGCUUACAAUAUCUCGUACUUUCUGUUCACUUGUCAGGGCAAUCCUAUUGUUUCAGUUAAUAUUUCUGAUCUUUAUUUGCGAGCCGUGUUCAUGUAUUGGAUUACAAGAAAUUGCGAUAAAAUCGCUGAAUAGAGCAACUAAACCAUAGAAACGUGUAUGGUUGGUGACAUGCAGAUUUAUUAAUCGGUUUUCGUCGGGUAUUAUCGAUCUAUAGAGACCUUGUUUUAAAAUGAAAUCCGGAUAAAGUUUAAUAAAUUCAACGCAGGCGUCGUGAUAUGAGAGGUAUGUUAAUUUAAUAGAAGACAAAUAAUCGCUGUUUAUAACCACUUUCAUUUAUGAUAAUUAUUAAUUCAUAUGAAUCGAAAGAAAACAACCACAUUAAGUAAAAUAAUGAAAUAAAACAAACGUGCGUUAAUUCAAACGAACAGAUAUGUGCGAAAAGAAAUUUACGUUAUAAAUUGACGUAUGAUGUUUUAUACAAAAUAGAUUUAAAAUACAGUUUCAAGUGACCAUCAUGAGCGCACAUACAUAGGCCUAGUUCUUUAUAGUGGAUUUUCAAGGUUGCACGGAAUAUGAAUAAGAACGUGGCGCACGUGCUCUAAGUACCAAAACAUGACUGAAUGGUCAAUGAUGAGACAUGACUUGAAAACAGCCAUCGAUAUUCUGGAACUUCCUAACUAUAUAAAAACAUCUGCCUACGUACGACGUGACGAAAGUUCGCCACUUCGAAAUCUCGACCGACUUGAACUUAACGCCGACAGCGUCAUUCGUCUGGAGCGUCGACUGAACGUGUGUUACGUUCGAGCAUGCGUACUCAAACUAGACGAUGCGGAUUGGUUCGCUCUGAAGAAGGGAUCAGAUUUUGUGCACGAUCAUGCGCACCAUGUAGGGAGCGAGAUAUUGCUUCCACUUGAGUGCCGGAUCAAAGUGCGAAUGCUGGAUCGAAAUGGCGGAAAAUUGUACCGCACUGUCCGGGAGAUUGCUGCUGAUUUCCCUCGUUUUGUUCGAGCGGAGCAAGACACCGUGGCUGCAACCCUUGGCAACAGCGGACAUCACGUGGUGUCACGUGGCAGUGUACUGGAGCUGGACAGGGUGACGAAAAGCUGCAGGGCGUUACGCGGGUUUCGAGAAGAUUAUUUAAUUUGUCGUGAAUUAGAAAAGUCCACUGAAAUAGCAUUCACACUCUUUACUCCAGUGCUGUUCAGGAAAGCAGCUGACCGAACUAAAUACUUGUUAAAAGACUUUGUUGAACACCUACCUCUGCCACAGUGUGUGGAAUGUUUAGACUCGAAUCCAUACGACGUCGUGUGUGAAUCCGACGACGAGGCGCGUGACCUGCUGACCAUGCUCAACGGUCCCCUGGAACUGAGGGCCAUUCAAGUUGUUGAGUAUGUUGUCGGAUUUGUAUUGGAGAGGAAAUCCAUCAUUGCGAUUCCGUUAAUCGAUAGCUUCCUUGAAGCUGCGUUGGUUUACAUUCCACUUCAUAGUUCCGUACCUGCUACUCAGACUGACGUUGAAUCGCCAGUCGACUACGAAACCAUGCUGGAGAAACUGUACUUGCUGUACGCGGACAAUCAGCUGCCCGUUCUGCUGAAGGGCCAACCGGAAGGAGCGUUCUCGUACGAAGAGGAAGGUGAUGUUCCAGAUACACCGCCACUUCCGCCCAAACUAGACGACCUUUCAAUUUAUCACGCGAUGUCCGCGCCCGAGAUCGACGUUGAGAGCGGAAGUCAGUCUGCAUCAGAGGGACGGCGGCGGCGGAUACAGUCCACGGGGGAAAUGGACAGGAAGAAUCCGAAACAAAGAACUGGGUUAGAGUCACGUGGUUUAAAAUCCUACAUCUCCGUGCUAAGUCGACGGAUGAAGAGCACCGCCUCGCAGUUACUUUUCGGAGAAGAGAUCCACCGGCAUGACUCGAACCUCAGCCGGAACUCUUGCUCGAGGAGCCAACCCGACCUAACACAGCGUCUAUCGUCUCGCGCAUCAGACCUGGAACCUCGUUCCGGAUUCAUCUGCUAUCUGGAUACAUCGUUGAAAACUGACGAUAUGAAAAUAAGUAGUAACUCAGACCAUUCCUUCUUAAAUACUGAGUCAGAACGUAAAGGAAUUCAUUUUGACGAAACAGAUAAAAUCUCGUCACAAACGCUUAACUUCAUUAAUGCUGACAAACUAAUUGAAGCUAAUUUAACAUCAGGAUUUUGUGAUGUAACAUACGCGGAUAUAAGUGGGCCGAACAAUAAUAACCAAUUGUGCCAUUUAAAUUAUUCAACUGCAGACUCGUUGAAAGACGAAUUGAACGAAAAUUACAAGAAAACUGACCAAUAUUCGUCUUGUACAAAUAGUCGAAAUAAUGACAAUAAAACGGAUGUAGUGUAUGCUAAAGUAGACAAAGGUAGGGCACGGAAUGCUUCACGCGCCUUGUACGCUUCGGUGGACAUGUCAAAGAAAACUAGGAACUUUAAACCCCAUAACUGUGAUAUUUGCAGACAUAAUUUAACGUAAUUAUAGCAAUUAAUGACACACUAAA